AUGUCCUCAUCUCCAUCGCCACCGCCGCUGCCACCUGCACCUUCACGCAGGCUGCGUUCGAAACGCAGUGGCGCAGAUAGCAGAGUCACAAUGGUUGAAUUCGAGCCAGAAGAGAAGACAGUGCCGUUAAAGAGAUCAAAGUCAUCAACAUCAGCCGGAUCAAAGACCAAGAAAAUACAGAGGGAGUUGGAUGUACCCCACGACACGCCACAGAAUUGGGAGAGAGUCUAUAAUCUUAUCAAGGAUAUGCGCUCGCUGCACGUAGCCCCUGUCGAUACACUCGGAUGCGAGAGAGAACCCACUGAAGAAUUAGACGCUCGUACAAAGCGCUACCAAGUCCUCGUAUCGCUCAUGCUAUCAUCACAGACAAAAGACCCAGUAACUUCAGAGGCUGUAGAUAAUCUUAGACAUGUAUUGGAAGGUGGCCUCACUCUCGAAUCCGUCUUGGCUGCGACAGAUAAACAAAUACAGGAUGCGAUUGGUAAGGUGGGAUUCUGGAGAAGAAAGACUGAAUACCUCAAGAAGGCUGCUGUCAUGUUGAAAGACAAGUUCGACGGCGAUGUACCGAAAGACAUAGAUGACCUAUGUUCACUUCCUGGCGUUGGUCCCAAGAUGGGUUUCUUAGCACUGCAAGCAGCAUGGAAUCAAAAUGAUGGUAUAGGUGUUGAUGUGCACGUGCACCGUAUUACAAACAGACUAGGCUGGCAUAACCCGCCGACGACACAGGCAGAACAGACACGUCUAAAUCUGCAGUCAUGGUUGCCAAAAGAGCUGCAUCGAGAUAUCAACAAGAUGCUAGUUGGUUUUGGACAAACGAUAUGUCUACCAGUGGGACCAAAAUGUCAUGACUGCAAGCUGCCAGCGGAGGGAUUGUGCCCUUCUGCUCGAAAAGUGGGACUGAAGAAGGGCAAGAGGGAAUUGAAGCGGGAAGAAACGGUCGAGCAAGCAGAAGCUGCUGAAACCAAGAAAGGAGAGCAACUUGCCAAAGUGGAGGUUAUUCUAGAAGGAGAGCAUUAA